UUUUUGUUCUCACUUGUGAGUGAGACUGUGAAAGAAGCACAAGUACUGAUAAGAAAAUGCAGAAGCAGGAAGCGGUCUCUGCCGCCGGGAGAUCCGCCACGGACAAUUACGACCGCCUCCAAGAACUAAGAUCCUUCGAUGAGUCCAAAGCCGGCGUCAAAGGCCUCGUCGACUCCGGCAUCAGUGAUGUGCCCCGAAUCUUCAUCCGGCCACCGGAGGAUCUUCCUCCCGCCGACAAUAGCAACAACGCCCAAUUUAUAAUUCCCGUCGUCGACUUCACCCACCUUGAGACCAACCGCGCAAACGUCGUGGCCAGAGUUCGGCGAGCGGCGGAAGAAGUGGGGUUCUUCCAGGUAGUGAAUCACGGGAUGGAACCCAAGCUAUUGGAAGCGAUGCUAGCCGGCGUCCGCGCCUUCCACGAGCUUCCGGCGGAGGAAAAGAGGGAGUAUUACAGCAGAGAGAUGACGAGGAAGGUGAAAUACGUGAGCAAUUUCGACCUCUACCAGUCCGAUUACGCGAAUUGGAGGGACACCCUGUUCUGCGUAAUGGGUCCGGAGCCGCUAGAUCCGGUAGAACUGCCGCCGAUCUGCCGAGACGUGACCAUGGAGUACUCGAAUCGAGUUCACCAACUCGGGACGACUCUGUUCGAGUUGCUAUCCGAGUCGCUCGGCCUCCACUCCGACUACCUCAAAGAAAUGGAUUGCGCAAAAGGGCAAGCUGUAUUGGGUCACUAUUACCCAGCUUGCCCUCAGCCUCAGCUAACCAUGGGAACUACUAAACACGCCGACCCCGAUUUCCUCACCGUGUUACUUCAGGACCAAAUCGGAGCGCUUCAAAUUCAUUACGGGAAUCGCUGGAUUGAUGUCCCUCCUGUUCCUGGUGCGCUAGUGAUCAACAUUGGUGAUCUUUUACAGCUGAUGUCGAACGACAAGUUCAAGAGCGUGGAGCAUAGGGUGCUGGCAAAUCGUGUUGGUCCGAGGAUAUCUGUUGCUUGCUUCUUCACUCCGCAUCUCUAUCCAUCAACAAGGAUGUAUGGACCGAUCAAAGAGUUGUUGUCUGAAGAUAAUCCUCCUUUGUACAGGGAAACAACUGUGAAGGACUUCAUAGCGUACUAUGACUCCAAGGGUCUCGACGGGAAUUCUGCACUAACCCAUUUCAGGGUGUGAUUGCAGCAGCAGCAGCAGCAGCUAAAGUAUACAGUGACGGCUGUGUUAUAGUUAUUUCUCAUAUGACUGAAUGCCUGGAAACUCUGCACUUGAGAAUGCGUUGUUCUCAAGUAGAAUGAUGAUGCUUGUUUGCUUAGGAAAGUGAUGCAUGUAUGGUUACUUGUGUUGCUGGGAAAUUUGAUGCUUCAUGACUCAUGAAUCAUGAGAGAGUGAUGAGCCAGUCUGUUGUAUUAUAUGUUCCGCUGAUAAAUUUUAGAUGGACUUUGCCACUAGGGCCAACGUCCUUAACAGGAAAAUUCUGUAAUGGAAUAGCGUAGUUAUCAUAAGAUGUAGAGCUAGCUUAAGCACGAU